UCACUUUCACGCUGUAUCUAUGUGUAAGACGUUGCAUUACAAAGACAAGACGACUAGAACAAUGAUUAUUAUUAAAUAAUAUUUACACGAGAAUCAAUCUAAAUGCAAGCGGUUACUAAAUAGAUCGAAUUGAGUGGUCCUUGAAUGUGGUGAACACAAAUUUUACGUACGGUAUAUAACGGGAGAAAUUAUAGGGAGUGAUCUCGUCGAGAUAAAAGCUAAGGCAGGUGAAAAAAAAGACUAUAUGUAUGGAUCGUAAUAACAAUUCAAGAGCGACCGCGACCGUGAGAGUUGUCUGUGUAUACCUACGAAAUUUUAUCAGUGAAGUGUCGUCAUCUUCAAUUUCAGUUUAAUGUGACGUUCCUCACAAAUCAAUCAGUCUGUGAUAACUUAGAAAGUUAUGACUGCAGUAUUGUAGCUCAUUAUCUGCAAUAACACGCUACGGAGAAUUCUCUGGAUUUUGUCGAUUCGAUUUCGCUGAUCGAGCUUCGAUUGCAACCUCUUCGGGAUUUACGCUUAGUUGUGUGUGGAAAAGCCAUACAAACAAUCAGAUGAAAAACAUUCCAAAUUACCGUUUACCCGCAAGCUAACCUCGAUGCAGACAAUUAUUUGGAAUAUUCCGAUUUUAUUACUUGAAUAUUCAUGUCGAGAUGGCUUGUGAGGCUUGUGCUAUCAAGUUUACAAUUUUCAAAAGAAAAAAACAAUGCAUGGAUUGUUUGCGAUAUUUUUGUACAGAAUGUGUCAUAAGAAGGUUUGACAGAAUAUUGAGCUGUGACAAUUGCAGUAUGCUUUCUCGAAGGCCCCUUAUCAAAAGUCAGGUACUCAAAAUGAGUUCUAAAUAUCUAAGACAAUAUCUCAUAGCAAAAAAAGUGUCUAUUAGAGGAUGUAUAGAAAAAGAAGACUUAGUAAACCUACUAAUUAUUUUCGCUAAUGGAACUGAUCCAAGAUCAAACGAAAGACUGGAAAAUACACCGCAUAAUCCACCAAGAGAAAAUAGAACAGACCCAAUAUCACAUAAUCAGCAAACAAUAAACCCAAUGGAAUCAGCACCACAAAACCAGGAUGAAAAUACUCUUCAAAACAGUGGAACAGAAUCUAAUAAUGAGCUGGAAUCAAAUCAGGCUACAAUUCUCAAUGACUCACCUACUCGUAGGUCUAGAAGUCCUCAAGUUAUUGAUAGACCACCAGAAGUUAGCGAAGUAACUACUCCUGAAGAAGUUCAAGAAGCAUCAGCAGUUAGUGUUGAACAUAAUGUAGAAAUUAUAGAAGUGUUGGAAAAUGAUGACAAUGUAAAUGGAGGACCUGAACCUGUGAUAACUGAACAAGAGGAAGUUCAAGAAAUGCCUCCAGUAGAGCACACUGAAAUGUUCACAGAAAUACAUACGUGGACUGGCAUUGUAAAACUAGCAGAUAUAAAGGAAGCUGCAGUGUUAGAAUCAUUAACUGUAAAACAACUUAAAGAUUUAUUAAGUGCAAAUAGAGUAGAUUACAAAGGUUGCGUUGAAAGAUGUGAAUUAUUGGCUAGAGCAAGCAGAUUGUGGGAAGAAUAUCAAAGAUCUAGAACAGGAAUUGAAACUGCAGAUGAAGAUGUACUUUGUAAAAUUUGCUUAGAUGCCCCAAUAGAGUGUGUAAUUUUAGAAUGUGGUCACAUGGCAUGUUGUAUUAAUUGUGGAAAACAAAUGUCAGAAUGUCCAAUAUGUAGACAGUAUGUUGUAAGAGUUGUACGGUUUUUUAAAGCUUGAUAAAUCAGUCAAGGAUUGAUUGAAUCAAACAAGUCAGACUAACAAAAUUGAAACCUGAUCCAUUUUAAUAAGUAGUUACUCUAUUAUUUAAAGAAUGUAAUGAAUUUUCGAAUUUCUUGUCGUUAUUAGUUCGCUAUUGAACUGAAAACAUGUAAAAAGUCGCUGUUUCAGAGAGAAAGAA